UCCACGGUCCACUUUGCGCACGAAGUCUCCGCACUCUCCGCCUCCCUCCGUCCCUCGCCGCCUUGGUCGCGUCGCCGGUCGCCACCUGCUCUCUCUGUCUCUGGCGCCACUCCGCCCGCCUCUACCUCGCCUCCUCCGGCCAGCCGUCCAACGGUGCAAGGUUGGUACUCUCAGUCUCAGAUGGCUGAAUCCUUUGUGCUCAACACCGGCGCCAGGAUCCCGUCGGUUGGCCUCGGCACGGCGACAGGGAAGGCAGAACCCGGCGUCGUACGGGAGGCCGUCUACGCCGCCGUCAAGGCUGGAUAUCGGCAUAUCGAUUGUGCUCCAGCAUACCGCAACGAGAAGGAGAUUGGUCUCGCUCUCAAGAAAUUAUUUGACGAAGGCGUUGUUAAGCGUGAAGAUCUGUUUAUCACUUCUAAGUUGUGGUCUGGUAAUCAAGCCCCAGAAGAUGUAUCGGAGGGAAUUGACACCACUCUUGAAGAUUUGCAGCUGGACUACUUAGACCUUUUCCUUAUCCAUGCUCCACUUCGUUCUAAGAAAGGUGCCAUGCCAACCCCCGAAAACUUUCUUCCUGUUGACAUUCCUGCUACUUGGGGAGCAAUGGAGAAGUUAUAUGCCUCUGGCAAGGCCCGUGCGAUCGGUGUGAGUAACUUUUCUUGUAAGAGAAUGGAGGAUUUGCUUGCCGUUGCAAAUGUACCUCCAGCAGUCAACCAGGUUGAGUGCCAUCCAGGCUGGCAGCAAAUGAAACUACGGGAACUUUGCCAAUCAAAGGGUGUUCAUCUUUCUGCAUAUUCACCCUUAGGAAAACAUGGAUCACCUCAGUCCAUGAUUCCAAGCUUUCUUAGCAAUCCCAUUGUCAUCUCUGUUGCGGAGAAGUUAAACAAAACUCCUGCUCAGGUUGCACUACGCUGGGGUCUUCAAAUGGGACAGAGUGUACUUCCAAAAAGCACCAAUGAAAUAAGAAUAAAGGAGAACCUGAGCAUAUUUGACUGGUCUAUCCCUGAAGAUUUGAUGGCUAAUUUCUCUGCAAUUCAGCAGGUUAAGGUGCUAAGAGCUGAAUUUGUAGUUCACCCGAAAGGUAUUUACAAAACCGUGGAGGACUUUUGGGAUGGUGAAAUCUGAGGCGCACUAAAGCCAUUGUGUUUCAGCAUAAAACUGCAGUCGACAUCUAAUUUUAUAUUUGCAUAUAGAUGUUUCAGUUGAACUGCUGGCAUUAAAUGUUUGUGUGAGAGAAGAAACUGAAAGCAU